CAAUUCAUCAUUUUGUUUUAUUUAUUUUCGAUGAUAUAUAAAAGUUGUUUUUGUUUACUGACAGCGACUUUAAGGAUAUAUUCGACUGGAGGCGUUUCAUCGAAGUCCUGAAAGAAGAUAUAGAAAUCGUCGAAAAGUUGCCACGCAAUUUAUCAAGAAUAAAGGCGCCGAUCAAAGCACCCGUCUCUUGGUCUAAGGUAUACGUAAUACAACUACGAAAACUACAUGUACAUAUAUAUAAAUGUAUAUAUAUACUUGAAAUCGGAGCUAACUUAAAGAUUCUUGAUAUAUUUAAUUACAGGCUGGUUAUUACAGAGUGGAGAUUGGCUCGUUGCUAAAAAAACACAAGGUAGUAAAAUUUAGCCACACGGACUCACGGUUAGCGAAUAACGGCAUAUCCCCAUCUAUCCAAAAGCUGAGGUGUCGCGCAAACUAUGAAGCCCUUCUUUACGCUCCCGCAAUUGAAGAGCUCGGAAAGAAAUUGGUCGAUCGUUUGAGAGAGAAUAAUGAACCGUAUAUCGCCCUUCACUUGAGGUAUGAAAAAGAUAUGCUAGCAUUUACGGGGUGCAGUCAUAAUCUGACAGCAUCGGAAGCGAAGGAGCUACGUACGAUGAGGCAAAAAGUGAAGCAUUGGAAAGAGAAAGAAAUCGACAGCAAGGCGAGGAGAUUGCAAGGGGGUUGUCCAAUGUCACCUAGGGAGUCAGCAUUGUUUCUCAAGGCAAUGGGGUACCCUAAUACGACGAAAGUAUACAUUGUGGCUGGAGAAAUCUUUGGUGGUAAUAGCAUGCAUACGUUUCGGAAAGAAUAUCCAAAAGUAUAUUCCCACUCGACUCUCGCAACUCCUCAAGAGCUGGCAGUUUUCAAAAACUAUCAGAAUCGGCUGGCUGCUUUGGAUUAUAUUAUUGCAUUGGAAAGUGACGUUUUUGUUUAUUCUUAUGACGGGAAUAUGGCAAAGGCGGUGCAGGGCCAUAGGAUGUUUGAGGGUUAUAGGAGAACUAUAAAUCCCGACAGGUUUAAUUUUGUAAGACUGAUAGAUAAGUUGGACAGUGGAUCUAUUUCAUGGGAAGAAUUUUCAAAGAAAGUGAAGAGCUUACACGUGGACAGAAUCGGAGCACCGAACCCUAGGAAAAUAGGACCACUUCCAAGAUUAGAGGACAACUUUUACGCUAACCCUUUUCCUGGUUGUGUUUGUGAGAAAUCCCAGGAUCAGAUUUAUAACCAGAAAUGAUAAAAAGCUUCCAGAUAACCUUAAAGAAUCUCGAUUUUCACCGAUCAGAAAAUCCUUUGAGCUGAGCUGUACAGUUAAGCAGCAUACCAGUGCCCGAGAGGCCGGAAAAAGAUGGCUACAUUUGGUCGAUACACACGACAGAAUAUAUAGAGAGGUUGCACAGAUAGAUACACAAACAUUUUAUGUUCAGGAAAGUACAGGUUAUUUGUUUCAGGCUUUGUGACAUGUUUUUAAUAAUAGAAUAGCUUUUUUUGUGUAAAUUAUUUGGUCAAGUGCAAAAAGCAUCAAAUAAAGCAGCAUCCCAAGAAACAGAAUCGUGUAACAAUGACUACAUCGAAUAUUAGUUCUGCAAAUCAUACACUAACAUAUAAAAUCCUCGUACACACGUUCAUCAAAUUACAAACAAAA